ACUUCUGAUCAAUGCUCUCUUUGGAACUCUCUAAGUGAAUAGGAGUUACAUGGGAACAGAAGGCAUUUUUUUUGGAAAAUAAGACAAGGAUAGGGAGGCCCAAAUGCAGUAACUGUAGUUGGGGGAGGCAAGUGAGAAGGUAGCAAUGGACUAGGUUUUUUCUCUUAGUUUGUGGUGGCAUUGAAAUUAUUUGCUUUUGUUAAAUGGUCGGAGUACUUCUAUAUGUUGCUCUUCAUUGAUUAAAAAUGGCGCAGCAAGGCGCGCGUUUCCUUCUAGUCAUGUUUGGAAAAGCGUAAAUUCUGGAAGUUGUGAAUUCUUUAGAUACAUGUCAUUUUUAUGUUUGCAUCCCCAUUUCCUCUUUCUAAGAUUAGUGUCUGUGCUGUUGUUCCCCACUGUCCUCUGAGAAGAGAAGUGCCACCGGUCGCACCCUGUUCACCGCCGGCACCUGUCGCUGUCGUAAACCAAACCGAGAUCUGACCUGACCCUGGCCCCUGCCUAGCCCUUCCUCUUUCGCUCCAUGGAGGAGGCGGAGAAGGGGGAGAUCUUCGAGUGGAACACCAAGCCGAGCUCCAUGGAGGAGAUCGAGAAUGGGGACAUCUUCGAGUGGAACACCAAGCCGAGCUCCAUGGAGGAGGCGGAGAAGGGUGAGAUCUUUGAGAGGAACACCAAGCCGAGGCUGGACGACCAUCCGCAGGCAACGGCGGCGAGGGAGGCCAGCCUUUUGAACGUCGACCUCAUCCUGGAGAUCCUUUCCCGCCUCCCAGCCAGAUCCGUCCACUGCUUCAGGUGCGUCUCGGUGCUCUGGCGCGACCUCAUCGCCGACCCCACCAACUGCAAGAAGCUGCCCGAGACCCUUGCCGACUUCCUCUACACGUCCUUCUGCAGCAGCGGGUAUCGCCACCACUUUGCUGGCUUCUCCGGCGGCGCAGCCCCCUUCGACCCUUCCCUCCCUUACCUGCAUCCUAACAAGGAUGAGGGCAUCACCCAGGUGGAAGCCUGCAACGGCCUCCUUCUCUAUCGCCGCUACAACAGUAGGGAUGAUUACCAUUUUGUUGUGUGCAAUCCCGCCACCGGGAGGUGGGUGGAGCUGCCACCUCAACCUCAAACGCAGGAGCCGAUGCACAAAUUUAACCAUACCGCAGGCUUGGCUUUCGAUCCAGUAGUCUCAUCCCAUUUCCAUGUUCUUUGUUUGGAGCGGGCCUUUCCGAAAACUUUCAUCACAGGAGUGAACAUCUACUCGUCGCGUACAGGAGCCUGGAGUUAUAGAGACAGUGGGAUAGUUGAGAAAGCUACCCUGUUCAGGAGUAAAUGUGUCUUUGUGGGCGGUAUGCUAUACAUCAUGGGUAACCUGGAGGACAUCAACGGCGAGUAUGUGCUGGUGGGGGUAGACAUGGAGGGGAAAGUGUGGAAGACUAUCCGUGUGCCGUACGGUUCAAAAUUUGGUACUAUUGGAUUGUUGCAGGGGUGCUUGCACUAUGUUAUAGCUCCUGUCAAUAAUAACAAUGAACUCCUAGUUUCUGAGAUAGCACUCUGGUGCCUCAAGGAUUGUGACAGUAAACAAUGGGUCCAGAAGCAUACUGCCAGCAUCGAUGAGCUUAUGAGCAUGACUGGACAGAAGUACAGGGUGGUUGGGAUUCAUCCAGAUUGCGACACCAUUUUCCUGGCUCAUUGUGGAGGUAAUACCUUGGUAUCAUAUGACAUGUGGCAUCAGAAAGUUGGUUGUAUCCUUGAUCUUGAGAAAAACAGUGUACACAAAUUUCUACCCUAUGUUCCUCUGUUCUCAAACCACCGCUGUGUUUCCUCCCAAAAACUGGCUCUUCUUUUGUCUGAACAAUUUGUCUGUGUACCUCUGAAUCUGCUUCAAUCAUGGCCCCCCAAUUUGCUGGUGCUUAUACUCCUGGUUGCUUGAUUUCUAGUUCAGAGCAGUGCUUGGUAAACCUACAGAUUAAGCAUCAUUUCAUUUUCAAAGAAUGUUGUUACCCUUGUUCUUGUUUGCCUAGCGCUGGUUGUUGUUCUGGACAUGUCUUAGUUUCAUGGGGAUAAAUUGUACUGUAAUAGGCCCUCUUGUCCAUAACAAUCAGUUAUAUUAUUAUUAUUA